AUGAAGAAGCAGAUGACAAGAGCAAACAUGGACAAAACCGAUUCUGUAACUGGUUUUGCGAGUGAGAAAUCGGGUACGAUGAAUAGCACCGUGGCCUUUGAAACCACCGGAAGGACUUGCGUGAAAGCAAUCAUUCAAAACGUACCAAGAUUCAAUUGGGACAAAGAAGUGGCAGCUUCCAAUAUUGAGCCCUUAGCACAUUAUGGAAGGGGUUCAUACUAUUCAACUGGAACUCGAGAUGAAGCUGGUGUCAUGCCAGCGUCGUUGACCAUCGACGUUACCAGAUUUGCAAUUAUGUUGAUUGAAGACGGAGAAGACAUGAAGCCUGAGGAGAGUCCCAUGUUUAGUAAUUGA